AUGGAGUAUGAGGUGCAUGGAAAUGAGCCCGUGAGUCCUACUGGGCAAUGCCUCAACAGCUCUGUGCUAUCCAUGUCAAUUCUUGGUGUUUUGGAAUUUGAGAUUCCAAUCAAUGAAUCGAAGAUCUUGUCAUUCCUUCAGGAUGUCUUCCUCAAUAUCAGCCCUCGAUUCUCUUCCAUCAUGGUUGACAUUAACGGAGAGAAGCAAUGGAAGAGGGUUGAAGUGAAGCUUAGAGAUCACGUCCAUGUUCCUAUUUUUCCAUCUGGAAUGUCACCUAAAUCUUAUGAUGAUCAUUUUCAAGACUAUAUUUCAAACAUAAUACUUGCACAAUAUCCAAAAGACAAACCACUAUGGGAAGUUCAUAUAAUCAAGUACCCAACAAGCAGUGCAGCUGGUAACCUAAUAUUCAAGCUUCACCAUGCCCUUGGUGAUGGCUACUCCUUUAUGAGUGCCCUGCUUUCUUGUCUUCAAAGAGCUGACAAUCCUCUUCCAUUAACUCUUCCUUCGCGCCGGGGAUUGCAGCGGGGUGGUGACAGUGGAAGUAUUUUCAGGCGGGUGUCUGAAACUUCUGCCUCGGUUUUUGACACUCUGAAAGAUUUCAGCUGGAACUCUUUGUUUCAAGAUGAUCGCACACCAAUAAGAUCUGGGAAUUAUGGAGUCGAGUUUCUGCCAAUGACAGUAUCAAGCAUCACAUUCUCCCUUGAUGAAAUCAAACUUAUCAAGACCAAGCUCAACGUGACGGUAAAUGAUGUGAUAUCUGGAGCACUGUUCUUUGCCACUCGACUGUACAUGCAAGAGAAGAGCCAAAAAUCAAGCACUGCAAGUUGCACAGCCUUGGUUUUGGUCAAUACCAGGAUCACUCAUGGUGAUUACAAGCCGAUCAAAGAGAUAAUCAAACCGGAUUCCGAGAUGCCGUGGGGGAACCGAAUGGCCUUCAUGCCGGUGACCAUGCCCAAGUUAACUGAAUUUUCAAACCCACUGGACUUCGUGUUCAAGGCACAAAAGCUUAUAAAGAGGAAGAGAAGUUCUUUUGCUGUUUACAUUAACAACAAGAUGUCAGAAAUCGUGAAGAAAAUUAGUGGCUACGAGGGAGCAUCAAGAUACAUGCACAGCAGAUUGAAGAACUCGAGCUUCAUGAUAUCAAAUAUGAUAGGGCCAACGGAGCAAAUGGCUUUGGCGGAUCAUCCAGUUAGAGGAGUUUACUUUAUGGUGUUAGGUAUCCCGCAGGACCUUAUCGUAACAGUAGUCAGUUAUAUGGGAAAGCUGAGGAUUGCCUUCGGAACUCAAAAGGGCCUUAUUGAUCCUGAGAAAUUCAAGGCCUGCAUGGAAAAUGCCUUUAAGAUGAUACUUGAAGCCACAGACAAUAUUCCUACACAAGCAGUGGCAGAUCCAGGGAUUUUUCAGGGGAGGUGCAAUAUUUAA